UUCUUCAAAAGCGAUUUAAUAAUAACAUCAUCACAAAUUCCGUGAUUUCGCUUUCUGGCCGUAUCCAACGUGAUUGCGAGCGUGUUUCGUUGAUCGUCCCUUUGGCCGCCAGCGCCAGAGAGCAGUUCGUUCCCAUCUCGCCGGCACCCGAAACGCCAUGGUCAUGUUACGCGCGGCGGCACUCCUAUCCUCGGCACGAAGAAUCCCGCUGAUCAAGUUCCGGAAAGGUGGACCGUUCCUGGACGUCGCCAGCCAGUCGACGGGCGGUGCGGCCGGUACUUCCGCUGCCUCGGCAGCCACACCUGCGCACGCCCGCUCGGUGUCGUCCGGAGAAGCGAUCGAGGAGUGGCAGCUGCCGGCGCGCUAUCGCCGAAAACCGAUCGAUGAGGUGGAGAUGGAGUAUAUCAACCGUGGGGGACCACCGGCAUAAUGACCGGCCUUGUUGCGGUUGUGUCUGUCCCCUAGUCAGCAAGCAGCAGCGGGAGCGCGCGGGCGGGUAUGGGAGUUAGUGAGUUAGGAAAUCAUUUACUACACGGUACAACCAGCCAGCAGACCUCUGUCCAUCCUGAGAUCCUGUAAAGAUAUGGAGGUUUGUCUUUGGCAAAACCAACCACGACGGUGCGGUUCCACUCAGCACACGGGGUACGAACGCAGCAUCGCGGACCGACUUACUGCGUAACGAAUCUAUCGCAUCGCCUAACCAAGCGCGUUUGCAGCUAAUAAAUCCUUCUAUCGAUAUCACACAAUGGUGCUACACAUAUUAAACACACAGGAUACGUCGUUUAAACUAG